AUGAAGUACCUCCCACUCCGCGAUAUUGACGAUGUCACGAAUGCUCUCAACUUCGAUACGGCUGACUGCCAUGUCAUCGGCGGCUGCGAUCUCUACACCACAAAGGCUGCAGGGGCAGACAAGAAGCUCUACAAGAACAUCGAACACUCACUAGAGUCGCAGUAUGCCUCACUUCUGAGCUUUUCGGCUGGUCUGUCAGCGCACCAGGCUACCGCGGCUGGCCAAGCCCUCAAUUUGUCUAGAGCAAGUCCUUUCGGACCCCUCAGCCAAAUCUCCAGUCGCCGAACCUUUGCCUAUCUGAUCGCAACGCUAAACGCCAGUCAUCCAGACUACGACUUCUCCCAUCUCCUCCGUCCCUCCGACUUUCGGCGCGAGAAGAAUAUCAGGAAGGUAAUGAACACCCUCGAUACCACCCUUUAUAAUCUGCGCCCAAAGUUCUCGAGCGCGCUUGUUGAUGAAAAGCCACACUGGUCAAACACAGUACCAACGACCGUCCCUCAGACCCCUCACGGAAGUGAGAAGUGGAAUCCUCGGAUGUGGAGUCUGAUCGACAAAGAGAUGACCCUCAAGGAAUGCAGCAUGUACUGCUACGCGCCGGAAGAAGAUCCUUACGAUGGUGAAGAGGGCUCACUGUGGAGCUUCAAUUACUUUUUCUUCAACAAGGCAAAGAAAAGGGUCUGCUACAUCUACCUCCGUGGCCUGAGCAUCAUCGGCAACAGUCCUCCCCAAAAGACGCCAAUUCAACCGAAGAGACCGGCAAGCGGGACUUGGAGUUUGGACGAAGAGACAAGCAAGAAGAGAGCAAAAUAUUGGCUUGGAGAUCGAGCUCGAGAGGCCGAGUGGAACAAUGAGGAAGAGGAAGACGUCAGUGGUCAAUGGGAUGAGGAGAACAUUGAAGAGGCUGACAUCCUGGAUGAUGGGGAUCAGCCCACGUUCGUGCCCUCGGAUACUGACACAGGGAGUGAGAGUCCGUGCAAAGGAAGAGGACGAAGUGGGAGUUCUGUCCGGGGCGUUAGCGAAGAAGUUGCGGCGUCCAUUGAGGUUUGA